CAAGUUGAGGAACUUACUUUAACUUCCUGUUUACUGGGUAUGUUCUACAAAAAGUAUGGCAGCUCUCCUACAUUACAUUGUUUUUCUAUCAGCUCUAGUCCAAGGAACAGAGUCCAGCAUUGAGACUCUGAAACGGUUUGUGCCGAAGGGAGAAAAUGUUCGUCUGGAUGUCCAGGGAUAUGCUAAACUAAAUAAUAUUGAGGAUUUAAAGUGGACUUUUAAGAAAUCUCACACUUUAGUAAAAUACACCAAUGAAUCAUCAACAGUGAAAGUAUACACUAAAUACCAAGGCAGGGUUGAGUUUAGUGAGGCAAACUUCUCUCUCGUACUGAAGAACCUACAGGAAGGAGACAGUGGUCUUUAUGACGCAGGAGUGAGUGGUGAAGAAAACAAAGAUGUUGCCAAGUACCAGAUAUCAGUUCAAGAGAGAGUUGUGACACCAGUCCUGACAGUGAACUCUAACUCCACCAUCAAUGGCAACUGUAAGGUGACUGUGACCUGCAGAGGUCAGAACACCUCUGUCACCUCCAGCUGUAACAGCAGCACCUGUUCUCAGGUGGGAGGAGAGAGUAGAGGGGCUGAGACCUCCACUGUCCCCCUGCUCUCUGUCUAUGUGGCAGGGGGUUUCAUCAUCUGUAACCACAGCAACCAAGUCAGCUGGGCCCCUAACAUGAAGGAGAUCGAAACGAUUUGUGCAUCCAAUUCUAAACCAGAGCGGGACAAAGAGAACCAAAACUACAAUGUUGGCAUCAUCAUCAUCAUCAUCAUCAUCGUUGGAUGUGUCCUGAUUGCUUGGCGGAAGCUGAAUAAAGGUUACAAAGAGGAUAGUAUAAACACAGAGUAUGCUACUGUCAGGACUCCAGGUAACAGUCAAAUAGGUGGUGAAGAGCAGGAAUCUCCAGGUCCAGCAUCACCCUCCAUCUACAGUGAGGUGGGACAACCCCAACUCCAGCUGUGUGAACUAUCCCACCAUGGUGGGAGACGGAAGUCAUCUGUAAAUGGUGCCUAGAUGACAAUGUGUAAUCGCAUUGAAUUCUUUAAAUUGAAAGGCAAUUUCCUCAAGUUGAUGGAGACGGCAUUCACAGUAAACGCUGUGUCAUGUGUCGGCUCGAUCAGAAAUUACCUUUACACUUCAGUUGCACUAUAACUCGGAUCUUCCGUGGUCUGGAUUGAAUCUUGCCCUUACUCUCAAUAGCUCUGUUUAGAACUGGUUCUCACAUGUGUCCUUUGUCCUGGUCUUGUCCACUUUCGGAUUGUCUACACCUGUCUAAAAUUGUGGACACAAUCAAAAGUCAAAUUGAGAUCUGAUUGGGAUCUUCCUGCCCACCUCCGGAGGUAGUCAGCCACGCAUUGUGUCUGGAUGUAUUGCAAGUGUAGACGAAUCUGGACAGUUAAACUAUUUAAAUCAUAAUUAUCCUGCCCUCUCAAACAUUUACAGAUUGCACAAUUGACUUAUGGCAUCAAUGGUGGUGUUGGAGGGCCAGAAGGAGGCACUCUGGACUAAAGAUCUCCUCCCAAUACCCCAGGACAGUGAUGAGGACAUCACCCUGAGUAGAGUGCAGUCUUUUGGAUGGAAUGUUAAAUGGGUGUCCUGACUCUCUGUGGUCAUUAAAAAUCACAUGGCACUUAUUGCAAUCCGCCAAACCCAUAAUUCAUCCAUUGGACUGCUAGAUGGUGAAGUGUGAGUCAUCACUCCAGUGAACUCAUUUCCACAGCUCCAUAGUCCAAUGGCAGUAUGCUUUACUCCACUCCAGCCGACGCUUGGCAUUGGGCAUGGUGAUAUUACGCUCGUGUGCAGUGAUGGAAAAAGUACCCAAUUGUCAUACUUGAGUAAAAGUACAGAUACCUUAAUAGUUACUCAAGUAAACCAGUAAAAUACUACUUGAGUAAAAGUCUAAAAGUAUUUGGUUCUAAAUAUACUUAAGUAUACAAAGUAAAAGUAUAAAUAACUUGAAAUUAAUUUUAUUAAGCAAACCAGACGGCACCAUUUUCUUGUUGGGGCACGCUCCAACACUCAGACAUCAUUUUCAAAUGAUACAUUUGUGUUUAGUGAGUUCACCAGAUCAGAGGCAGUAGGGAUGACCACGUGUUCUCUCAAUACGUGCGUGAAUUGGACCAUUUUCCUGUCCUGCUAAGCGUUCAAAAUGUAACAAUUACUUUUGUGUGUCAAGGAAAAUGUUGAUUGUAAAGUACAUGAUUUUCUUUAUGAAUAUAGUGUCGUGUGCAGGUCCUCGGCUAUGGAAACCCAUUUCAUGUAGGUCCCCUGACAAACAGUUCUUGUGCUGACGUUGCUUCCAGAGACAGUUUUGAACUCGGUAGUGAGCGCUACACGCUUCAGCACGCAGCGGUCCCGUUCUGUCACCCUGAUGAAGACAGCUUGUCUGUUGAAACGUUGGUAUUACAUUUUUGCAUCUGAGCUCCUAGAGUGUGCGGCUCUCCUUUAUUUUCAAGUUUCUACUCCGCUAGCCAGCACCUCGUCUUUAUAGGUGUGCGUUUCUUGUUCUUCUAGCUUGUGUGGCAUACCACUUUGCGGCUGAGCAGUUGUUGCUCCUAGACGUUUCCACUUCACAAUAACACCCCUUACAGUUGACCAGGGCACCUCUCGCAGGCCAGAAAUUUGACGAACUGACUUGUUGGAAAGUUGGCAUCCUAUAGACACGUUUUUAUUUAUUUAUUUGUAUUAUUUGCUUUUUAAUAUUUGCUGCUUUAUUCAUUUUAUCACAUUUCAUUAACCUGGUUGACUUAGAGUCUGCUGGUUCUGCAUGGAUAAUAUCUGAGAAUAGUUCUGGUGCUUUAGAUGAGAUGGGGGCUUCUGCAUUUAUUUUCUUUAUUUCACCUUUAUUUAACCAGGUAGGUCAGUUGAGAACAAGUUCUCAUUUACAACUACGACCUGGCCAAGAUAAAGCAAAGCAGUGUGACACAGACAACAACACAGAGUUACACAUAGAAAAACAUGGAAUAAACAAUAAACAAGUCAAUGACACAGAAGAAAAGAAGAAAGUCAUAGUAGAGAAGAAUUACAAUUAGGCAGAUUAACACUGGAGCGAUAAAUGAACAGAUGAUGAUGUGCAAGUACUGGUGUGCAAAAGAGCAGAAAAGUAAAAUAAAACAAUAUGGGGAUGAGGUAGGUAGAUUGGGUGGGCUAUUUACAGAUGGACUAUGUACAGCUGCAGCGAUCAGUUAGCUGCUCAGAUAGUUGAUGUUUAAAGUUGGUGAGGGAAAUAUAAGUCUCCAGCUUCAGCGAUUUUUGCAAUUCAUUCCAGUCACUGGCAGCAGAGAACUGGAAGGAAAGGCGGCCAAAUGAGGUGUUGGCGUUAGGGAUGAUCAGUGCUGGAACAUGUGCUAUGGGUGGGUGUUGUUAUCGUGACCAGUGAGCUGAGAUAAGGCGGAGCUUUACCUAGAAUAGACUUAUAGAUGACCCGGAGCCAGUGGGUCUGGCGACGAAUAUGUAGUGAGAGCCAGCCAGCUAGAGCAUAGAGGUUGCAGUGGUGGGUGGUAUAAGCUGAUUUGCAUGGAUAAUAUCUGAGAACAGUUCCGGUGGCAACAACUGCCCGAGAUACGCCAGGAACGCACAAUCCCUCCAUCAGUGCUCAGACUGUCCGCAUAAGGCUGAGAGAGGCUGGACUGAGGGCUUGUAGGCCUGUUGUAAGACAGGUCCUCAUCAGGCAACAACAAACCCACCGUCUUUGGACCAGAUCAGGCAAAAAGUGCUCUUCACUGACAACUCGCGGUUUUGUCUCACCAGGGAUGAUGGUCGGAUUUGCGUUUAUCGUUGAAGGAAUGAGCGUUACACCGAGGCCUGUACAUGACCUUCCAGCAUGACAAUGCCACCAGCCAUACUGCUCAUUCUGUGUGUGAUUUCCUUCAAGACAGGAAUGUCAGUGUUCUGCCAAGGCCAGCGAAGAGCCUGGAUCUCAAUCCCAUUGACCACGUCUGGGACCUGUUGGAUCAGAGGGUGAGGGCUAGGGACAUUCCCCCCAGAAAUGUCUGGGAACUUGCAGGUGCCUUGGUGGAAGAGUGGGGUAACAUCUCACAGCAAGAACUAGAAAAUCUGGUGCAAUCCAUGGGGAGAUGCACUGCAGUACUUAAUGCGGCUGGUGGCCACACCAGAUACUGACUGUUACUUUUGAUUUUGACCCCUCUUUAUUCAGGGACACAUUAUUCCAUUUCUGUUAGUCACAUGUCUGUGGAACUUGUUCAGUGUAUGUCUCAGUUGUUGAAUCUUGCUAUGUUCAUACAAAUAUUUACACAUGUUAAGUUUCCUGAAAAUAAAGUUGACAGUGAGAGGACA